AGGAGUUAGUUUCCGGUUUUCGAGCGUCAAAUUCCAUUUUAUCGCUCUAAAAUAUUUGGAUCUAUAUUUAUUGCAAUUAGUCCAAUUUUUAAGCGAUCAUGACCGAGAGAAAAACCUUCGGCAAAAAACCGCAGCCAUUUCGGCUAGAAGAGGGAGGAGAGAUGUAUUAUAUAGGAGCAGAAGUUGGAAAUUACUUGCGGAUGUUUAGAGGUUCUUUGUACAAACGAUUCCCUUCUCUAUGGCGCCGCACUGUAACCCCAGAAGAGAGAAAAGUUAUCGGUCAACAAUUAGGCUUAGAGGCGAAUAUGAUGGCCACAAAUAUGUCAUUACUACGGGCUUCUGAGGUUGAUGAAGUAUUUGCUGGAAAUGAAGAAAAAUAUCGCUCCUCUGGUGGGCACUCCGAUUCAGCUCCGAGAAUAGAGAAAACUAAAAAAGUUAAUACUUGGAUGACAAAUAUGCCUAGUAAUUCUCAUCAUCUUGAUGCUGUGCCUUGCUCAACACCAAUAAACAGAAACAGAAUGGGAAAAGUUAAGACCAGGACAUUUCCCAUGUGUUAUGAUGAUCUGGAUCCACAAACCGUUCAUGCUAAUGCAAUGCAAGAUGAGGUUCUAGUUCCUAUUCGAUUGGAUAUGGAAUUUGAAGGUCAAAAACUUCGAGAUUGCUUUACAUGGAAUAAGAACGAAAACCUUAUAACACCAGAACAAUUCGCUGAAAUAAUAUGCGAUGACCUGGAUUUAAAUCCUCUAUCAUUUGUCGGCCCAAUAGCACAGAGCAUUCGACAACAAAUUGAUGCUUUCCCCUGUUCAACUGAUAAUCUCCUCAACCAACAAACAGACCAACGCGUUCUUUUGAAGUUAAAUCUAAACGUGGGCAAUAUUUCCCUUCUAGAUCAGUUUGAAUGGGACUUAUCUGAACCUGAUAACAGUCCAGAACAGUUCGCAACUAAGCUUUGUGCGGAACUAGGCUUGGGAGGUGAAUUUGUAAGUUCAAUAGCUUACAGUAUCCAUGGUCAACUAGCCUACUUACGGAGGACGUAUGCAUUCAGCGAGAGCCAGUUACCACAAAUAGAAGUGGCAAUCAGAGAUGAAAAAGAUGCUGAGCAGUGGUGCCCAUUUAUUGAGACAUUAACUGAUGCUGAAAUGGAAAAGAAAAUAAGAGAUCAAGACCGGAAUACCCGAAGAAUGAGAAGAUUGGCAAACGCAACUACGCCAGCGUGGUAA